UUACUAAAUAAGAUUAAGUUCUUUGUUAUAAUGAUCGGAAUACUUUUUGAAAACACCUUAUGGGAUUUAAGCCAAACCUGGAUUACGGACUCAUUUCCCGAUUUUGGUUUCAGUAUUGAAGAGACGGCACUCGUAUGGAUGCCAUCCUUUAUAUUAUUUGUCACAUCACUGUAUGAAUGGCACAAUUGGUCGCCAGAAGUGAUCACAUCCAGGGGUUCAUCACAUCCCACGACAUGGACUCUACUCUCCAUCAUUAAAAUUGUUUAUACAAUAGUUUUGAUAAUUAAUCACAAGAAGCGAGUAAUGAAUACUUCGGGCGUUUUAUUCAUAUUCUGGUUGUGUUUGUCUAUCGGAACCGCAUUUAACAUAAGGACUAUAUUUUACAUUGCAUUUAAUGAAGAUUCAAUUGAUUCCUAUGACAAUGUCUUCACGUAUACUACAAAAUCGCUUUCAUACCCAAUAAUUAUCACUCAAUUAUUGCUCUCAUGUUUUGCGGACUCAACACAAGUCUUCACAACUGUUGCCGACAGAGAAAAUUCUAGUCCUGAAAAUGAGUCAUUAUUUUUAUCUCGACUCACAUUUUCAUGGUUUACACCAAUGAUUAUGAAUGGCUAUCGGAAACCAUUGACCACUGAAGACAUGUGGUCGCUGUCCACACAGAAUCGGACCAAUGUUUUCAUCAAACAAUUCAAUAAACACUGGAAACCAAUAAAAAACAACAAAACCAAAAAUGCAAUCAAUAUAUUCCCAGUGGUGCUAAAGACCUAUUGGCCAACACUGGUGUUCACGGCGUGUAUUAAACUAAUGGUUACAUUAUUAACAUUCACUCAACCCCUAGUACUCGACCGACUCAUAACAUUCAUCACAUCCCAGACCAACACCACAGACACCGGCGAACCCAUUUGGAGGGGCUAUGUAUACGCCUUAGCUAUGUUUGCGUCGACUGUAUUAGCAUCGGUGCUGAGCGGACAGUACACACACCGUCAAAACGUUUUGCUUAUGAAAAUUAAAACUUGUGUCACAUCCGCGCUGUACGAGAAGUCCCUGCGGCUGUCCAGCGCUGGUCAUAAAGACUUUUCUACCGGCGAUAUCGUUAACCUAAUCUCCGCCCACACGGCAAACGUAAUGAAUUUUUUCAACUUAAUGAACAACCUAUGGCUGAGUCCCGCAAUAGUGAUAAUCGCCACAUGGUUACUAUGGGCUCAGUUGGGCGCCGCCACUCUGGCCGGUGUAUUAAUUUUGGUACUAUUGGUGCCAAUCAAUUCAUAUGUGUUGGCCCGUGAGUAUAAACUCUGGGGCAAAAUUAUGACCUUAAAGGAUCAAAGAAUGUCUGCCAUUACCGAAACUAUAAAUAACAUUAAGCUGUACGGCUGGGAACCGGCUUUCAUGACCCGAGUGUUUGGCCACAGGGAUCAGGAGUGUAGUGCACUUCGCUCAGCAAAUGUGGUGGGCGGUGUUCAUCGAGGUCUAAUGGCCACAGCACCAUACUUGGUUAGUUUAGGCAGUUUUACGGCAUUCCUAUACAUGUCUGACCAGAAUAUUCUGGACCCGAAUAAAGCGUUUGUUUCACUUUUGUUGUUCAAUAUAAUGAAGGGCGAUAUAACACGAUUCCCAUAUCUUGUUAACGCAGCGCUAAAUUGUAGAUUUUCAGUGAAGCGAAUGAAUUCAUUUUUAAACGCUAAUGAAGUGAAUGAGAGUUUCGUUGACCACAAACCCAAUCAAAGGACUCCUAUUGUCGUCAAAAACGGUUCAUUCAAAUGGGAUAACAAUUGCAACGAUUCUGUGCUCAAGAAUAUCAAUAUAGAGAUAGAGAGUCAGUCAUUGGUGGCAGUCGUGGGUCGUGUGGGCGCCGGCAAGUCGUCCCUAUUAUCGGCUUUAUUGGCAGAUAUGGAGAAAAGUGAGGGCUCUGUGAAUGUGAGCGGACGGACAGCUUAUUGUCCACAACAGGCGUGGAUUCAAAACACAACUCUUCGACAGAAUAUUCUGUUUAAUAGUGAAUAUAAUCCGGAAUUUUAUAACAAAGUUCUGGAUUCGUGUGCUUUGAGACCCGAUUUAGCGGUCCUUUCGGCCAAAGAUAUGACAGAAAUCGGGGAAAAAGGGAUCAAUUUGUCCGGCGGUCAGAAACAGAGGGUUUCACUCGCGAGGGCUGUCUAUUCCUCGGCAGACAUAUAUCUAUUGGACGAUCCGUUGAGUGCUGUUGUGCCGACUCUAAGGCCCGCCAUAUCUCGAGGUCUGAGUAUUGGACCAAAGGAUCCAAAUUAUAGCGCAAAGAACCCGUGA